UACAGAUUGGGAUGAUAAUCACCUGACAGAUAGUUCCUGCCCCCACUGGCAUCUGGAAUAAGAGAUAACCCGACACUGAGGACACUGAACCUGUCAUAUAACAAUCUGGAGGGUCCUCAUUUCAGGGAUCUGAUGGCGGCUCUGACAACAAGCCGGAUAGAGGAAUUACAAUUGUCCUCUAAUCACCUGACAGACAGUUCCUGCCCCCACCUGGCAUCUGGAAUAAGAAAUAACCCGACACUGAGGACACUGAACCUGUCUGUGAACAAUCUGAAGGGUCCUCAUUUCAGAGAUCUGAUGGCGGCUCUGACAACAAGCCGGAUAGAGGAAUUACAAUUGGUUGGUAAUCACCUGACAGACAGUUCCUGCCCCCACCUGGCAUCUGGAAUAAGAAAUAACCCGACACUGAAGACACUGAACCUGUCUGAUAACAAUCUGGAGGGUCCUCAUUUCAGGGAUCUGAUGGCGGCUCUGACAACAAGCCGGAUAGAGGAAUUACAAUUGUCCUCCAAUCACCUGACAGACAGUUCCUGCCCCCACCUGGCAUCUGGAAUAAGAAAUAACCCGACACUGAGGACACUGAACCUGUCUAGGAACAAUCUGGAGGGUCCUCAUUUCAGGGAUCUGAUGGCGGCUCUGACAACAAGCCGGAUAGAGGAAUUACAAUUGUCCUAUAAUCACCUGACAGACAGUUCCUGCCCCCACCUGGCAUCUGGAAUAAGAAAUAACCCGACACUGAGGACACUGGACCUGUCUGGGAACAAUCUGGAGGGUCCUCAUUUCAGGGAUCUGAUGGCGGCUCUGACAACAAGCCGGAUAGAGGAAUUACAGAUCGUGAACAAUUCCUUGUCACGUGAAACUAAAAGGAAACUGAAAAAAUCUGAAAUCCCUCCGACCAGAACUGAAGGUUUCUACAGG